UGGGAGGAGGAGGACACGGAGCCUGACGCCGGCCCCUGGCUCUCGACCCAGUCCCCUGCGUGGAGCUCCUGUGGGAGCUUGUUCCUGUGCUCCCCGGGCAGCAGAGACCCUGGUCGGGCCGGCUCGGACCUGGGCUUGAGCCCCUCACUCCUAUCUUCGCCUGGACGCCUGCUCCCACACCACUUCUUGCAGGCCAGCCCCGAGGAGCUGUCUCAGGUGCUGUUCCAGGACGUGGUUCUUAGCCCACCGCCCGCCCCAGCCUCCCGGAGCCUUGCAGGGCCCCUGCAGAGAAAGGUGGCGAUCUCGCUGGACCACUGCUACCUCUCGUAUGGUGAGGCAAGUAAAACCAGCUCCAGCCCCAGCCCAAAGCUUAUGUCCUGGAGCAAGCAACUCCUGCAGGAGGAUUCCCAGCACGGGCUGGACGGCUCCGAGUCCUCCGGCGACGAGGCCGACGAUAGCACGUGGACCCCACCCAAGCGGACCAAGGCGGCGCAGGCCCCAAGCCGCAAGAGGAAGAAGUGGGUGAGCGGGAAGGCACCGACGGGCAUGGACAAGCCCCGCUUGCCCCUGAAGAAAAAGUGCGUGAAUGGUUUCAUCAUGUUCUGCCGCUUGAACCGCAAGCAGUACAUCCGCACCUGCCCAGGCCUGGCGUCCACCGCAGCUACCAGGGAGCUGGCGCAGCUGUGGCGUGCCAUGAGCAAGCAGGAGCGCAGGCCGUACUGCGUGCGAGCCCGGAGAUUCAGCCAGCUCAACAACCGCAUCGUGCGGCCCGACUCCGCCAGGGCCGAGGCCGAGGCCGAGGACACGGAGCCCCCAAAGCCGCUGCACGUGUUGCUGGCCGAGAAGGCCCUGGGGUCCUGGGCGCCCCGUGGCCUGGCCCCCCCCUCGGCCUGAUGCAGUCGCAGCCCUGCCAUCCCCCCCAGGGCCGGGGCCCUGCGGGAAGGACCGGGGCUUGAACCCCGACCCUAUUUAUUCUGCUCGUUUGCAGCCCCCUCUCCCCGCGACCCCGUUAGCGCUGGUAUUGCCACAGCUUGCAGGGCAGCAGGUUUGGGGCGCCUAAGGCCCCUGGGCCGGCGCUAGCCCCCUGCCAGGGGCUGUGGGCCUGCGCACCCCGCGGAGCCUGGCCAGCACCCCCGGGCCACGCCCUGUUGGUUUUGAGCAGUUCCCUGCUGCCACGUUGAGCUAUUUAUUGGGUUU